AUGGCAUUAAAGCAUCACGCUGAGUCUGGAGGAGUUAUCAUCAACAACAGCGAAAGUGUCUUGAUGUCGUAUGAGAAUGUGGAGCUGGUGUUCAGUGACACAGAGCGCUUGCCAGAAGCCUUCAGAAAAAGCAAGAAGGGAAGCGUUUACCUGACACCUUACAGGGUGAUCUUCUGGACUAAAGGGAAGGACCCUCUGCAGUCGUUCAUGAUGCCGUUUUAUCUUAUGAAGGGCUGUGAGGUCAAACAGCCAGUACUCGGUGCCAACUACAUCAAGGGAACCAUCAGCGCCGAGCCCGGAGGCGGCUGGGAAGGAUCUGCAACCUUCAAGUUGAUUUUUGCCGCGGGAGGAGCGAUCGAGUUUGGACAGUACAUGCUACAGGUGGCGGCACAGGCAUCCAGAGGGCAACCGGUGACUGUUAAUUACGGUUGUCCUUACAUGGCGAACGGGGCGUACGCUUACCCUCCUCCUCCGUCUGCUAACGGCAUGUAUUCGACUGCGGCUCCUCCACCUGGAUACGCCUACCCUGGACCUCCACCUCCAGGUGGAUUUUACCCCACUGCUCCUGGCUUUGAUGGACCAGCUGCCUACAUGCCUCCUCCUCCGUAUACAGCUCCGACGGACCACGCUCCUCUCGACCCAGACCUGCCCAGAAGCGCCGCAGCGGAGGCGAAAGCAGCCGAAGCUGCAGCCAGUUCCAGGGAGACUACGUUUGCUCCGUCACGAGUCUAUCUGCCCGAGGACAAGCCUCCACCGUACUCUCCACCUGAAGACAAGAAGAACCAGUAGACGUGUCUGCAGCGAGCACACAUCCUCUCCUCUCUCUCUCUCCAUUCCCUUCAUCUCAUCCUCACUUCACCAGUUAACUCGACCUGACCAGAAGAGAGAGACACAUGCAUAAAACUACUUUAAUUAAUUCAUAACUGGUGAAUGAGAGGGACCAACUGCUAGCUGAUUGAGUUUUCUAAAUGUAAAAAAAAAAAAAGAGUUGAUUUAGGAGACAUUUUAUGAGUGAUUUUUGUAUAGAUCGAUUGAACGAGGCUAGUUGCAUAUGAGUUUUUCUGGACGGAGCUUUGGUUGUCGUUCAUUCUCGACGGCUGCAUCCAAUGUUAUUAAAUAAGAGAUCGUUGAUCGUUGACUGCUGUCUUGUUACUCCACACUCAAGCAGUCGCUUAAAGGCAAUCCCCAUUGACUUCCGUAGUUUGGAAAACAAGACUUCUGGACACCUAGUCACUGCAAAUCAAAUGCGAACGCCCCUUUACUGCACAUUUGGCCAAAUGCAUCCCUUGAAGGAAUAGUUCAGUGCACAAUUACAAUUUGCUGAAAGAUGUAGAUGAGUUUGUUUCUUAAAAGUAGCCUUCCGUCACUUUCUCACCAAUGGAUCCCAGUCCAGUCCAUAAUCCAUAAUAACUCUUCCUCCUGUGAAAAAGUCCAUCAAAAUCCACCCACAUGCUUGUUUAGAGCUGCUUUGGCUUGUAAACGGUGCAUAUUUCUCUCCUAAUUCAGACGAGAUGACUUUAUCUUAUCAGAAAGCAAUAUUAUGAAUAUAGGACUCAGCCUGAAGCAAUGGUUUUAUGUUUAAAACAUCUUAAUGAUAGAUUUGUUAAGGUGUUAAUUGUUGGACUGGAGUGUUGUGGAUUAUUGUGAUGUUUUUAUCAGCUGUUUGGACUCUCAUUCUGACGGCACCCAUUCACUGCAGAGCAUCCAUUGGUGAGACACUGAUGCAAUGCUACUGUACAUUUUUCCAAAUCUGAUUAAGAAACAAACUCAUCUACAUCUCGGACGACCUGAGGGUGAGUGUAUUUGAGUUUUAUGUUCUGCAAAUCUGUUUUAUACAACAGUUAGUGAUUCUUGAUUCUGAUUGGACGGGCUGUUCGCUUGUUGUUUCCCUGCAACAUGCUGUGGUUGAUUCCACUUUGGCUUCUUUUGCAAUCAUUUUCAUUAAAAAUCAAUCAAAUUAACUGAGCAUUGUGUAAAACCCCUUCACAAACACCACAUGCUGUAUAUUGUGAUGAAGCUCGUUCAGACGUGUUCUGCAGCAGUGUGUACGAGUCUUAGCAUCUCUGUAGCAUGCAGCAGCAGUUCAGACUAAAGAUGCACUUUAACCCUUCAUGCACCUUCAGUCUCCUGGACAGCGUUUGUUCAUUAUUCUUUCCUCUAAUUUAUUUAAUUAUACAAUUAAUCAGUUAUGCAUGGUCUUCGCAGUAUUGUCUUAUUUAAAGUGUAUUUUAUUAAAGUAAACCUAUACAAGUG